UUAACUUGCUUGUGUUCUUCUUCUCAGGCGAGUAAGAAGGCCUCCAAUAAGAGACAGAGGGGAGGACAGAAGUCUUGCUCCAAUGUCUUCUCCAUGUUUGAGCAGUCCCAGAUACAGGAGUUCAAGGAGGCCUUUGGAUGUAUUGACCAAGACAGAGAUGGGGUCAUAAAAAAACAGGACCUGAAGGAGACCUAUGGACAGCUGGGGAAGGUUAAUGUCAAAGACGAGGAGCUGGACGAGAUGCUGAAUGAGGGGAAGGGUCCCAUCAACUUCACCGUGUUCCUCACUCUUUUUGGGGAGAAACUAAACGGCACUGACCCUGAAGACACCAUACUUGCUGCCUUCAAACUGUUUGACCCCAAUGGGACGGGCUUUGUCAACAAGGAUGAGUUUAAGCGGUUGCUGAUGAAUCAGGCUGAUAAAUUCACAGCAGAUGAGGUGGAGGAGGCCUUCGCUCUCGCUCCCAUCGACCCGACUGGCAACAUCGACUACAAGUCCCUCUGCUACAUCAUCACGCACGGAGAUGAGAAGGAAGAAUCCUAA